CGCGGGGAGGGUCGCGCCGGGGGCCGGCGGAGCUGCGGCGGCGGGCAGCGCCCCAGGGAGCCGAGGGACCGUCAUGUCGCGCUACACGAGGCCCCCCAACACCUCGCUCUUCGUGCGGAACGUGGCGGACGCCACCCGAAAAGCUAAAGCAGUCCACAGUAGCUGGCAAUCGCCCCCCAGUUUGAACCAACCUGUUAGCUAGAAUCCAAGCCUAAGCCCGGCAGGAAAGACAAAAGGCACCUAAAGGCCAAGCAUCAAGGAGUAAAGAGGGAGGGUGGACACAGAUAUAAAGCCCUGGAAGAGGGGAAGUCUUUACCGAGCGAAAGACAAAGCCAGCACCAGGCUGAGACUUCGGCUUUCCUACAUUUACUCAGAGAUCCAGAGUCAAAGCCAAGUCUGAUUUUGUUGGUUCUGCGUCUCUUAUAAAGUCCAUCUUGCAAGCCUUAAAGAGUAAAGGUCAAGGUUCAAGAUCAAGUGACAUUGAGUGUCCUUAACAGCUAGUCAUAUUUGAAGAUGUCCGAGAUGCUGAAGAUGCUCUCUAUAACCUCAACAGAAAAUGGGUAUGUGGCCGGCAGAUUGAAAUACAGUUUGCGCAAGGGGAUCGCAAAACACCAGGUCAGAUGAAAUCAAAAGAACGUCAUCCUUGUUCUCCGAGUGAUCAUAGAAGAUCAAGAAGUCCCAGCCAGAGGAGAACUCGAAGUAGAAGUUCUUCAUGGGGAAGAAACAGGAGGCGGUCUGAUAGCCUUAAAGAGUCUCGGCACAGGCGAUUUUCUUACAGCCAGUCUAAGUCUCGCUCCAAAUCACUUCCAAGGCGGUCUACCUCAGCAAGGCAGUCAAGAACUCCAAGGAGAAAUUCUGGUUCUAGAGGGCGUUCAAGGUCCAAGUCCUUACAAAAAAGGUCCAAGUCAAUAGGAAAAUCACAAUCAAGGUCACCUCAAAAGCAGACUAGCUCAGGAACAAAAUCAAGAUCCCAUGGAAGACAUUCUGACUCCAUAGCAAGAUCCCCAUGUUGUAAAUCUCCCAAAGGGUAUACCAAUUCUGAAACUAAAGCACAAACAGCGAAACACUCGCAUUUUCGAUCACAUUCCAGAUCUCGGAGUUACCGUCACAAAAACAGUUGGUGAACAACAAAAGCAGAAAACGACAUAGUCUUUAAUAUAAGUUAUUGAACUUCUCAUUAUGUUAAAUAAAAAUUAUUCAAGGCUUACAGAAAAUGUGAGUUGAUAUUAGUUACUUUGGGCAUGUGCAAGAAAUAAUACUUCUCUAACUUUGGAUUAACAAAGAUUUAGUCUCAAGGGCCCACACCACAAAUUAUGAGAUGUCUAAAUGUCACCAUUUCAUGGACCGUUUUUUGUUUACGUUGUCGCAGAAGGUGCUUUUCAAGGAACAUAAGUAAAAUUAAAUGUAGAAAACUCUAAAUUCUUAGAUGUUAAACACUAGUACUUUUAGUACGUUGUACAAAAAUAUUUUUUACUUUAAAGCACUUUACUUUCUUGUAAAAAGUAAUUAUGGGGGCUGGAGUGAUAGCACAGCGGGUAGGGCGUUUGCCUUGCACGCGGCCGACCCGGGUUCAAAUCCCAGCAUCCCAUAUGGUCCCCUGAGCACCGCCAGGGGUGAUUCCUGAGUGCAUGAGCCAGGAGUGACCCCUGUGCAUCGCCGGGUGUGACCCAAAAAGAAAAAAAAAAAAAAAAAAAGUAAUUAUGACUGAUUAUUGCAUAGGUCCUAUUCAAGCUUUUCACACUCUUGUGUCUUCUGUUUAAACUUGAGCCAAUUUUGACCCAUAUUACAUCACAUUCCAAAGUUCUGCAACUUACUUUUAUGUAGAAAUCAAUCAUUCAGAAGAUGUAGUCUAGGAUGGGACCAUAAUAAAAUACGCAGGGCACUUGCCUUGCACACAUAUGGUCCCCAGCAUCCCAUAUGGUUCCCUGAAUCCUGACAGGAAUGACCCCUGAGCACCACCAGGUAUGGCCCCCAAACCAAAAUAAGUGAGAUGCAGUCUAGGGCCGGGAAGCUGGCUCAAACGGUAGAGCACAUGACUGGCAUGGGCAAGGCCCCGAGUCUGAUCCCUAGCAUGACAUGACUCCUGAGCACUGCCGGUGUGGCUCUGGUAAUUCCUGCAGCAUUGCUGAGUAUGGCUCCUAUAUAUUAAAGUUGAAAGGUAUGUUGUAUCCUGAGCUCCUAAAGGUCUUGUUUUUAUUGAAUAAAACAGCAUAGAUAAGCUUACAUUAAAUUCUGUACUGCAUUCACUUCAGAAAGAUCAAAAUAUUUAGAGUAUGAAAUAGGAAGUCAGAGAAAUAGCAUAGCAGGUAGGGCACUUGCCUUGCAUGCGUCCGGCCUGGAUUCAGUCCCCAGCAUCCAUGUAGUUCUCCAAGCACUGCCAGGAAUAGUUCCUGAGUGCCAAGUCAGGAGUAACUUACCCUUGACCAUUGCUGGGUGUGGCCCCAAAACAAAAAAAAUGAAAUUUGGCUUAAAACUUCUCAAAAACUUGUGUACAAACUUAUAGUCCAAAAAAGUUCAUAUUGAGCCUUACGUAUUUGAACAGUAGUACUUUUAUAAAUAUAUAAUUCAUUUUAUACUAUUAUUUCUACAUACAUACUUUUCAUCUGCUUAAUUUUUUUCUUUCUGGAACUCAAGACUUUAAAUUGUAUAAAAUAAGUUUGUUAGUUUUUGAAGUCUUUAGUACCUUGUAUUAAUUACAAAACUGCAUCCUCAAAAUUAACUUUGCAGUAUUCAGAUUUACAUUACACUGCCCUUCAGUUUUUAAACCAAAAUAACUUGGUAUUUAUUGCUUUUGUAGUUAUUAUAAGCAUUUCUUUUAGAACAUGUUUGUAGUUUGUUUUUCAGAGGAUUUUCGUAGUAUUUGUGAUAAAAAUGGUUUUACAUGGUUACUAUAGGGGAUAUAUUUAUAGAGUUCUGUGUGUAUCUUGUUGAAUUAUAUUGAAAAUUAAACAUUCUCAGCCCAUAUAAUUAAUAUUUGUACCUACAGUGCUUAAGAAAAAUAUCAUAUAUUUUUAACAUAUAGAAGCCAGUGUUGCUUCUAUUUGUUUUGAAUACAAAUUUUCAUUUUUCUUUUGAAUUUUAGAUUCCAUGUGUAAGAAACUUUUAAAAAAUAAUUUAUAUGCUGAUAUUUGAACAAUUACCGUAAAUUCGUGUAUAAUGUGCUUUCUAAAUAGACUUUCGCUAUUUAAUCAUAACAAACCUACGCCAAAACUAUAAUUAUUUGAGUGUUCAGCUGUAAUAAAGUUUAGUUAUAAGAUUAUGUGGCACUCUUGAAAAUUUAAAUGCUAGCCCAAAGAAAGAGCAAGAUAAAUUAUAACAUUUUAUAUUUUCUAAAUAAAUGUUUGGAUUUACAUGCACACAUAUGCAGUUAUUCUAAAUACUAACUAGGAAUCAAUCAUCAUGUCUUUAAUUUGCAUUUGGUUAUUAUUAUAUCUUAGUAAAAAGUUAAUUGGGGGUUGUUUCUGAACAUGUUUAAUCAUUUAAUAUUCCUUUCUUUUGUUUUUUCAUUUUAAUUCCCAGACUGCUUAGGAAUAUCUUCCUAAUUGGUUUGAUGGGAAAACUGGCAUCAUAAUAAUUCAGACUAAAAAAAAAUUUUACUUGGGUAGUACUCUUAACAUUAUUUGCCCAUUUAGUUUGCAUAACAACUUUCUGAGUAAAAAGCAUAUCAGGGAUGUGAGAUACAAAGAACUUCAGUGAUAGGCAUGAAGGUCAGGCUGGAGUAAUAGCACAGCGGGGAGGGCACUUGCUUUUCAUGCAGCUGACCUGGAUUCGAUUCCCAUCACUGCAUAUAGUCCCUCUAGCAACACCAGGAGUAAGAUCAGAGCACCUUGGUGGGCUCCCCCAAAAAAACAAAGUCAGUUACCCAUUAGACUUUGGGUCUUGGCUGGGCUCCAGACUCUUGACUUCCAUGCUAAGCUUUUCACACACCAAGAGCCUUGGACAGACUGGUAGUUAACCGAGAUAAUGAAAGGAGAGGAUGGGAUUUGAAGAAGACGUGAGUGGAGUCUUCAGUGAAAAUGAGCUCAGGAAAGGCUGGGUGGAAAGUGACUGGCAUUUGUGCAGGCAUCCUGGAAAUUUUUCUGGGAUUCAUUUUUGAUAGAUUCCCUACAUCUUAGACCAAUUAAGAGAGGAUAAGCUCAUUACUGGGGCUGGAGCAAUAGCACAGCGGGUAGGGCAUUUGCCUUGCACGAGGCCAACCCGGGUUCAAUUCCCAGCAUCCCAUAUGGUCCCCUGAGCACCGCCAGGGGUAAUUUCUGAGUGCGGAGCCAGGAGUGACCCCUGAGCAUCGUUGGGUGUGACCCAAAUAAAGCAAAAAAUAAAUAAAUAAGCUCGUUACUAAAGCAAAUGAUUUAGAUAUCCGUGAUCAUUUCCUUUAAAGGAAAUUGACUCAGUUGACUUCUCAGGCUUAAUGUAGGGACACUAUCUCAGUUUUUUUCAGAAUCAAAGAAGACAAGUUAAUGUCAAAGAAAACAGAAAGGGCCACUACCUCUGUUUGUUUCCUCUGUCCCUCUUGAUAAUACACAAAAAUUUUGUUUCUUGGGCCAUACCCAGGGGUGUUCAGGGCUUACUCCUGGCUCUGUGCUCAGUGAUCACUCCUUGAGGGGUGUGGAGGACCAUAUAAUGCUGGGGAUUGAACUCUGGUUCUCUGCAUGCAAGACAAAUGCCCUACCUGCUGUACUGUCUCUCCGGUCCCUAGAAAACAUUUUUAGGUAUUAAGUGAGUAACGGGCACCUCUGCAUCAAAAUCUCUCCUUUGGUGAAAAUUGAUAUUUAGGAUUGUAGCAUGAUUCUGCCAUUGGUAUUCCAGAUCAUUUAGGGUCUCUGGGAAAUGCACAUCCUUUUGGAGGUGGUGGGAGAGGGGAUGUGGUACCAAGGAUCAAACUCACGGCCUCACACAUGUAAGACAUGUGCUCUACCACGAAGCCACAUCCCUAGCCCACAUACUGUAUAUUGGUAGUGUUUUUUAAAAGUUCCUAGGAUGAAACAAAUUGACUUUAAAAUAAUUGACUGGGGGCUGGAGUGAUAGCAUAGCGCAUAAGGCUUUCCCUUGCAUGUGGCCGACCCGGGUUCGAUUCCCAGCAUCCCAUAUGGUCCCUGAGCACCGCCAGGAGUGGUUCCUGAGUGCAGAGCCAGGAAUAACCCCUGUGCAUCGCCAGG